GCGGGCAGGGCCGUGGCCAUGGCCGAGGCCUCCGCCGAGGCCUCCGCGGCCGCGCGGCCCGUGCGCCGGCCCAAGGACAUGCCGCGGCACCUGUGGGCCCGCGAGCGGCGGCGGAGCGCGGGCACGGGCCUGGCCGGGCCCAACACCGUGUACGUGCAGGUGGUGGCGGCCGGGAGCCGUGACGCGGGAGCCGCCGUUUACGUCUUCUCCGAGUUUAACCGGUAUCUCUUCAACUGCGGCGAGGGCACGCAGCGGGCCAUGCAGGAGCACAAGUUGAAGAUCUCCCACCUGGACAGCAUCUUCCUCAGCCGGGUGGCCUGGGCCAACGUCGGUGGGCUGCCAGGUAUGAUUCUCACAUUAAAGGCUAUGGGGCUUCAAAGGUGUGUUUUCCUAGGGCCACCAAAGCUGCAAAACUACCUGAAAGCGAUUCGACUCUUUCCAGGGCCCCUGAAAAGGAUGGAUUUAGCUGUACAAUUACACACCGAGCCUGAGUAUAAGGAUGAGACAAUGACAGUCUACCAAAUACCUCUGACAGGAAAACCACUACCUGCUGAAAGUACUUUGCCUCAGAGUCCUGGAGCAUCAGCCCGAGGUGGAAAUAGCCCUAAAGGGGACACAGAGCCUGCAUCUCCAAGAGCUGCACAGCAAAGCUUGGAAGGGGGCAAGGGAAGGGAAAGCCCAAAGAAAACAGGUGACAAACAGAAGUUGGCAGAGAGGCAUCCUGAGCUGGUGAUGGCUUUCCUUUGUAAAAUUCACCCAAAGAAGGGAAAAUUCCUAGCAGCUAAAGCCCAGGAGAUGGGCCUGCCAGUGGGAACUCCAGCCAUUCUUCCCAUAAUUACAGCUCUCAAAAAUGGAGAGAGCAUCACUUUUGAAGGCAGAGAGCUCUCCCCUGAAGAACUGUGCACCCCGACUGAUCCUGGCCCAGUGUUCAUUGUGCUGGAGUGUCCUCAUGAGGGCUUUGUGGAUGCUGUCUGUGAGAACGAGACCUUCCGAAGGUACCAGGAGGGGCUUCCUGAGAACCAGGUGGCCUUGGUUAUUCACAUGACUCCAGAGUCAGUGCUUCGAGACAGCCGCUACCAGCAGUGGCUGGAAAGAUUUGGACCUGGAACUCAGCACUUGGUGCUCAAUGAAAACUCCUCUGCUGUGCACAACCCACGCAGCUACAAGAUCCAGACUCAACUGAACCUCAUCCACCCGCAGAUCUUCCCCCUGCUCACCACCUACGAGAGCAAGGAAGAAGCAGCGGUGUGUCGUGUGCCCAUUGUGCGAGGGGAGUGCCUCUUGAAAUACCACUUCAGACCACAUCAGGAGUGGCAGAGAGAUGCUGUGACUGUCUGCGAUCACGAUGCAUUUGUUAGUGAAGCCUUGGAUCUCCCUGACUUCCAGACUCGUGUAAAGGAGUGCAAAGAGAGCCUAUCUGCUGUGCCAGGAGAUGUGGCUGCUUACCCUGAAAUUGUGUUCUUGGGAACAGGAUCUGCAAUUCCAAUGAAAAUCCGCAACGUCAGUUCCACACUGGUAAAUACCAGCCCUACACGAUCCCUGCUCUUGGACUGUGGAGAAGGAACGUUUGGACAGCUCUGUCGCCAUUAUGGAGAGCAAGUUGAUCAAGUGCUGUGUAACACAGUAGCUGUGUUUGUCUCUCACAUGCACACUGAUCAUCAUUCGGGGUUGGUGAACAUCCUGCUGGAGAGGCGGAGAGCUUUUGCAGCUCUUGGUCAGGCUUUCAGCCCUCUGUUUCUUGUAGCACCUGAACAGAUCAUGCCUUGGUUACAUGAGUACCACAACCACUGUGAAGAGAUUCUUGGGGACAUCAGAAUGAUUACUUCCCAGUCUCUUGUGAAAGGCUGUGAGAACUCCAAACCUAAAGCCAAAUGGUUUAUCAGUUCUCUGUUAGAGAACUACGACUUGGCUGAGUUUCAGACUUGUGAAGUCCAGCACUGUAAAAAUGCUUUUGCAUGUUCAAUGAUCCACAAAUCUGGCUGGAAAGUAGUCUAUUCUGGUGACACAAUGCCCUGCAUGGCCUUAGUACAAAUGGGUAAAAAUGCCACCCUGUUGAUCCAUGAAGCAACCUUGGAAGAUGGCAUGGAAAAAGAAGCUAUAGAGAAGACACACAGCACAACAUCCCAGGCGAUUCAGACGGGGCUGAAGAUGAACGCAGAGUUCAUCAUGCUCAACCACUUCAGCCAGAGGUAUGCCAAGAUCCCCCUGUUCAGUGAGGACUUCAGUGAGAAGGUUGGGAUUGCAUUUGAUCAUAUGAGGGUCCGUUUGGGUGACUUUGCCACCAUCCCAAAGCUGAUCCCAGCCCUGAAGGCUCUGUUUGCAGAUGACAUCGUAGAAAUGGAGGAGCGGAAGGAGAAGCGAGAGCUGCGGCUUCUGAAGGAGACUGCUCUGCUCUUGGACAAACUGGCUGGGGAGGAGAACAAGGAAGACACCUCCCAGAAGCGAAAACAAGCCAAGAACAGUCAGGAACUACCAAACAAGAAACUUAAAACCAUAAACUGAGAGGCAGAAGGCUGGAGAUGCUCUGCUCUGUAAGAGAGGCCUCACUCAGUGGGCCAGGGGAGCGCAGGGGGCUGCAGGCACCCAGGGAAGGGGCUGCCUGGGAAGGGGCUGCCUUCAGCAGGGUUGGUGUGGUCACCCCUGGAUCACCAGAGGGUGAAGCAACCACGUGUGCUGUGUGUUCACAGUACCAGACCUUUUGGCAACAGUAUCUGGCUAUGCAGUUCCUGGGUCUCACCAGCUGGUGGUAUUUUUCUUUUAGCCAAAACUUCUCUCUAAACUGUUUUAAUUUUUGAUUUUUAUCCUCCAAGUUCUGGAUGAUGUGACAGCAGCAGUUGUGACCUUUGCAAGAGAGCAGGGUGUGAGAAGCCCUCGAGGGGCUGUGGAUUUGCCAGAAUGAUGUGGGAAUGUAACUAGAUUCAGAAACCAGAUCCCAGGAGGAAAGCUGACAAUGAAAUGGGACCUAGUUAAUUUUUAGGGCUGUGGAUGCUGUUGUGUUCCCAUUUUAUUUAUUCAGCAGAUCAGUUUUCCAAAACCUUUCUUUAGCAUCUGAAUAAACCCCUCAACACCCUGCA